UUCUGUGUAUAAAUCAAUUUCAAAAAUAUAUUUGCAUGCGGAAAGAUGGGGCAGUGAUAAGCAUAGUUGUCUUGAUUUUUUCCCUCAACACACAAGCAUCACUCGGUUGUUUAAACAGAGUAAAGUGGAUUCUGAUGAGAGCUGAUGGCUGAGGCAGACCAGAGAAACUCACACAGGCUAGAAUGGGAAUUAACAACCAAGUGUUUGUCCAUUUUCUUCUGUUUUGCCUCAAAUUAACCAGGAUUGGAUUUAUAACACUGAUAACUGAGAGAUCAGGAGUGUGUCUGUCGGUAAGCUAGGGUUGCAGGUGAGGUUAUAUUUAAGUAUAGCAGCUCAAAAAUAGAAGAUAAAAGCACCGCCGCCUUUAUUAUGGUGCCUCAUUACAUACAAAUACUUCAUAUUUAUGUGCACACGCUUGUUUGUAGUUAUGAUAACACCACCAGGAUCCAGUUUUCCUGUUGAAAGCCAGCAUGGUGCAGCCUGGAGGUGUUAAAAUCCGGUUAUUAGCUUAAGCACACUGAUUUAUAUCUUGGAUCUUGUUGAUUGAUGUGUCAAGUUGUAGCUGCAAAUAGGCCAAAGGAAGCCAAAACUAACAUAGCUACUGGUAAAAUGGUUGGUAAUUAACAUAAUGCAAAUAUUUUCCCCCCGUUUUCCUCUUAGAGGAGAUUCUCAGAAGAGGCCACAACUGAGUCUGUUAGUGUCCACCCCUUUGUUUUAGUGGUUGAACAGGUUGCAGCAGCUGUCUCAGACACACCAGUUGAGCUAACACAGAUCUUCAGAGGUAGGAUCCCAGUUUGUGCAUCCCCCGCUGAGCUUAUUUUCAGCCUGGAUUGGCCCUCGCCAGCAGGAGGUCAUGUCGAUGUAUAGACACCUGAGAGCGGGCUACUUUAAUAGCCCUGUUUACGGCGGCUCACUCGCCAGUAUGCGGGGACAUCGGGUUCCCAUAGGUGCUUGCCAAAGUAAACACCUGUUUUGGAGUCCCAGUAGAGUACAAUCUUGCUGAAUUCUCCGGUUUCUGACACACAUUGUCAAACCGGCCCCUGUCAGCAUUACCCACGUAUGAUUUUUGUUUGAUGUAUCGCACACACAUAAAUAAAGAAAACCCUCAUCACUCAUAACUCAAUAGAUCCCUUCAUCCAUCUUCAUGACAGGUAGCACUCAGCCAUGACAACAGGUCAGCAACACUGACCAUAUGUGAUGAGUCAUGACUAAGAAACUGUGUGUGUUUGUGUGUGUGUUUAUGUGUGUGUGUGUGCCUGUGAGAAUGACUGCAAGCAUGUGUGUUUGUUUGCUUGUACCCUCAGUUCAUUCACUUACAGUAGCACCCCUAUGGAAACUACACACAAUGCUAAUGGGGGUGAACGUAGUACAAUCUGAUCCUAAAAUAAAAUCCCUGUGAGAAACAAAGCCAGGGUGAGUCUCCAUCUGUCAGUUUGUUUAUGCAUGAGUGUUUCAGAGAGAAGUGAGAGGAAACUCAGAACACAGAACAUGACCUUUAAAAAAAAACUGCAUUAUGUGGUUCAUGGUGGAGAGUCUAAAAACUCUGAUUAACUUGUGCUUAUCUUGAGCUUUUUAUGUAGUUAUGAUGUUCUUGUGCUAAACCCAGACACCUUGAGCUCAUGUAUUUUUAAUCAAUGCGCAGGUUUCAGAAUAACUAAAGUUCAUUUAGGAGUUGCAGAAUACACUAAAUGAGAAGUAGUGUCAGUCAAACUGUCUCAAGCUGACAUUCUGUAUGAGGAGCAGGGAGCCAAGCCUGGGCUUUAUCUGACAUCUAGUGGUCAGUCGUGUUCUGACUCUGACACUGCUGCAGCACCGGCUGUAAAUAAGUGAGAGGUUUGAGAGAUAUUGUGCUAGCACUGGUAUAACUGUUAUCACUUCACAUCCACACAUGCAUUUUCAUUCUGGACUCAUGUGUCAAUUGUUUGCUCUAAAAUCAGUUUGGUGGUAUGAAAAUUAAAGUAGUUAUGCAUGAAAUGACAGUUUGAUAUGAAACGGGUUUGUUUUUUUUCUGUUAAACAAUCACUUUUAAUUAAAAAAAGACAGAUUUUAUCUGCUUUAACUGGCAGAGCUAUUCACCUAAGAAAAUCAUGAGAAAGUGGUCAAUUGCGGGCAUAUGUUGCAGAAAGGGGGUGCCAAAUUCACAAUAACCUGGAGCUUUAAGGUUUAAGCUGGAAUUAUAUUUGUUGAAAAUUCUGCCUGUGAUGCGCUGUGUUAAUCAGUUUAUCGGUUAAGUCUAGAGCUGUUUUUUUUUCCACAUGAGUAGUUUAACCCCAGCUGGGCUGUAUUAUGACUCUUUUAAAGUGGUUUCCAUGGUUACCAUGAGGUCAAAUGUAAAAGGUCAACAGGGAAACAGAUGGCAACCUAGCCUGACCGAAGCUAGCACAAGCGCAGGCUAAGCUAGGUGUGGAUGUGAGGGAGAUUCGCACUGUUGAUGUUUAUAGCAGAUGUUAUUUGUUUGUUAUAUGAUUUAAUUCUUGUUGUAAUUAAACUAGAAAACACAUAUUUAAAGGGAACAGCCACAUAAAUACAUGCGCAAAUUCUUCAAACAAUAGGUAUAUAUAUCUUAAAUGUCCAGAAUGCUAAACUGAGAUAUGUUCUCUCUACUAACAGCACUAGUUCAUUUUAUACCUGUCUUUCUUUACUAAAUGUGAAUACCUCUGCAGUGCCCGUGGGCAGCAUCUGUUGCCUGUCCCCCCCUGCUGAUUUGUUGUCCUACUUUGCACUCCCAUGUUGCUUGUCAUUGUCUUCCUUCAUGAUUUAACUCUUUACUCUUGUAGUAUUUCAGGGGGGAAAUGAGUGGCUGGUGGAGAGCUUACAAACUGACAAUCUGAUUUGAUUGAAAACACGGUAAAUCCUACGCUGGCCCAGGCAUUCAAUCUCACAUCAUCACUGACACACUGUCGUCCCAUAAACCCACUUUUUAAUCCUAAAGCCUUUUUUAUUUCUGGUCAAUGUGCCACCCAUCCCCACAAAUCCCCCACUGCCUCAGUCUCAUCCCGCCCCCAUCCCUCUUGUUUGUGUGUGUAUAUGAGUGUGUGUGUGUAUGUGUGUAGGGAUGAGUCUGGGUUCAGGCACAGCUGGCAUCAUCAUCCUGUAACCUGUUCACUUCUGGCCUUAUUCCUGAAUGCACUUGCAUGAACUGGUUACCUGGACAAGGUCAGGGAGACAGAGCUGAACGAUGCUGCUGCUGCUGUUCUGCCGCAGCUCUCAUCCACUGUAGUUCUGCUGCUGAUACAGGAUAUUAAGGACUUACAUCCUAUUUUGGUCCAGUUCUGCAUUCCUGGAGAGAGGGACUUCUUAACCACUUCCUCACUGGCGCAGCGUAGUCUUGGCCAGUUUGCAGCUUCGAAAAGUGUGCCAAGGGAUGAUAUGAGAGUCUAGUCUUGCACAAGAGAGGAGGAUUAUGUGUUUUGUGCAACGGUGACAUGAUCCACAGCCUGGAUGGAAAAUUGUUGUUUUUGACCAAUUCCUCAAGACUUUUUGGAACUUGGGAAUAGAAUAAUCUUUCUGGUUUUGGUACAAUUCAAAUUCUGCAGCAGACUGAAAAAGUUUUUUUUCUUCCUCCUUCCCUUCUUGCCUUCUCUGCAUCCUCUCUUUUCCGGGACCACUUAAGCCUGGCCCACCAGCUCUCCGCUUGUGUCAUACAUAUGAUCAUAUAAAGUGACAUCAUAGAGGAGCCAAAUCAUUACAUGACGGUCAUGUGAAUAAAACAAUUUAAAGGAUAUAAAAGAAGAAGUGCGCGCUCUCGGCGAAGCGCAGCAUCAGCACCAGUAUCCGAUGCGCGUCCCCGCCCCGGUAGAAGCUGCCCGACAUCCCGGGAAGAGGAGUUGAAGCUGCGCGAGUUAAAGUUGGGCGAAAGGGGGGUGAGAGGAUGCUGCGGAACAAUCUACGAUCAAAUUAAAAUAGCCUAUGCGGGGAAACGUGUCCUAAGUGAAGGAUGACUUUCAAAAUACUGAGCAUAUGCCUCUUAUUUUUGGGUUUUCAACAUUGCUCAUCACGUAAGUCUUGUGAAACAGCAAUUGUUCAUCUUUCAUAUCGCCUGCUAGGAUGUUAUCAAAAUAUUUGAAAGUGCUUAUACAUACCAUAUCUGCUUUCGUUUGGGAUCUGGUCGCAUUUUAAGAGAAAGUUGCAAGAUAAAAUUUGUUGAAGGGCAAUAAGUGGAAAAUACCACUGGAGGGCAAGAUAUAGUCUAAGGUAUUUGGAUCUUUGAAGGACAACACACGGAUCGAUACAAGAAGAUAGCAUUAAAACACAGAAGAGUCUAUUUCACUGCUUUUUUGGAUAAUGUGAUUUCAUCAUAGCGUUGCUUAAUGGGAGCCAGAAAAAAAGUAUGCAAGCAGACCGCAUCGGCCCUGCAGAAGGUGCGCACGGCGAUCCCCAUCGCACUGAGCUGUCUGCAUUGCAGUGCUUCUCUCAGCCAGCACGCAAGUUUCUGCAGCGUGUGGCGUUAACUCUCGACUUCUCGCUAAGACACGAUGCUGCUCGAGAGCAAUUUGUUGUUUCUGGAACAAUAAUCUCCAAAUCGCUUUUACAGUGUGUAUUACUGUUGUUGAAAAUCCGCUGAGCGCAUUUGCAAAGUGGCGCUUGAGAGAGCGGGGCUCCGCAUCCUCACCGGGACCAGCCCACUGCAGUACUUUUUUGGGAAGCCUGUGUUCCCAACACCUGUCCGCACAACCGUUAACAAUGCAGGGCGACGCGCGUGGAUCUACCUGGCAGGGGAGAUCAUUACGCGCCGCAUGGUCAAUGAAGCCGCAUGUAGCCGGUUGAGUUGCGCAGAGGAGGGGCUGUGUUUGGGGUUAAAAUCGGGUUUGGGGUAAAGUGCCAUUCUCCCAUCUCUCAGAGAGCUUGCAUGCAUACUAAUAGGUUUUCUGCGUGAUGACCUCAGAGGGUUUUGACUGGUAAUUAACCCCAUACAGUGCAGUGCGUUAGAGCCAGAGGGAGAUCAUGAAGAGUGAUGCUUUGUCAUGGUAUUUCUUCAUUAAGGACACAUUAAGGAAUCAGUGGCAGUCGCUGCUCUUUCAAAUGAAACUUGCAGAGUCAAAUGCAAUAUACCUCUGAGUUAAGUCAGUAAACCUGCUAUUCAGUUUGGUGAAACUGAAACUUAACCAAGUUUAUGGUUUAGUUCAGGAUGUGAGUGGAAGUGGAUCUUCUUUAUCGAGACAUUUCCACCUUCCUUAGCUCCUCCUGUAAAGUUACUGUAAAAGGAAAAGUGUCUGCUAACUACUGUACUAUCAUUCAUAAUUUAAGAAAGAAAGUAUGUGAUGCUUUUCAGCUUCUUCUGACAUGAAACUGUUAAAUGACAUGCUUGAAAGUGAAUGUUGUUAUAUUGCUGUAUUACAAAUUUAAAAAAAUAAUACUUCAAUUAAAGGUUGUAUUUGAAAAGAAGUUUUAAACCUGGUAUCCCACUGAGCAGUCAACAGCUAUUAGAUGUCUAGUUUGUUUUUUUUAGACUUAAUUUCAACCAUCUAGAUUCUUUAUAUUUUUAGACAGAAUUUAGACGUUGCACUUUAACCCAUUAUUCGAUAACUAUUUCAAAAAGCAACUGUGAGUUGCAUAACUGAUCUACAACUUAAACAAAAUAAUUCUGAUAGCCAUUGAGCAAUAUACAGUGUAGUGUAGAUAUGGUCUAAACUUGGUCGAAAUUUAGAGGUCUAAAAAACUUUAAUUUUUAGACCUGUGGUAGCCUGACUUUAGACAAUUAGAUGUCUAUCAGACCUCUUUUAGACCAAAAAAUGCUCAGUGGGAUCUGAACACUUAGAUGUUAGCAGAUGCUUGUGAGUUUGGCUUUGUUUCACAUCUCGUUGGUGUUUUAUUACAGGCUGGGCUAAGUGUGUCUGGAUGUACACAGUGGAGCUAUGCCAGAUUAAAAUGGAGUCUCAGAUCCCAGAGCAGCGUGACCCAGUCUUGGGUUGGAGCAGAGGGUGUGUGUGUGUGUGUUUGAAACAGGAGGGUGUGAUUGCAUAUGCAUAAAUCUCAAGUUUUAUGCUUUGUGCAUUCUGUCAUGGUUAGCUGCCCAGAGACAGGAGACUGACUGGUCUGUGUGAGGGGAAUUGUUAUCUGGAGAGGAAGGGGUGGUCUGCUAUGUGGUUAAACUUGGCCGUUUUGUUCUUUGAGACUGAGGAAUGAAGCUGCUUGAGAUCUGAAUCACAGUCUGAUUGUGAUUCUGCUGUUCUGUGCAGUUUAGGUUUUUGUCCCGGGAGUGGUCAGACACCACCCACUGUGAUGCCUGCCUGGACAUGAAUGAUUUAUCAACCCCGCUUUAACAGCAACACACGCUUUAUUUACUUCCCUAUAAGCCGCUUUAUAACUGUAUUUUAGCUUAUAUGCUAGCUGAUGCUGUUGAAUCGCUAGCUUCCACACAUCAUACGCCGGUGACAUCCAGAGGAGGAGCCUCCCUGCAUACUGUAUGCAACCAGCAGUAAUGAUGUGUCAGCCCAGACAGAGCAGCCCACACUUACAGCAGACUGAUGAUUCAGCAAGUGUGGUGCUAGAGCUCCACACAACCACACAUGCUCACCACAGCCUCUUCAUGAUAAAUGAAGAAAGAGUACCCUCUGUGUGGUGCAGAGUAGGGUGGUGGGAGGAGGAGGGGGGAUGCAGGAGUAAAAGAUGAGGGCUGAAAACCUGGUGACUGGAUGCUCCGCACAUCUUUCAGGUACACUUUAGCUACUGCAAAAAGACAACGCCCACAUGGGGAGAGAGAGCGAGAGGCAGAAAGCGAGCGAGGGAUGUAGAAAAUAGCAAGCUGAAAAUUAGCCAGAGUGUGAUGUCAGAGGACGCAGUCAGAGAUAAAACAGGGUGGAUGAAUUUUGGGAACAGAGAGAAAGAGAGCAAGAGAGGAGAAAGGAACCGUGACAGUGAUUAUGGGGGGUGUGGAGUGCGUGACAGUCAUUCUGUAAGGAGGAGCUGGGGAGCGGAGUGGCCUGGGUUAACCUGCUGCAGUCUCUUUCUCUCUCUCUUUACAUUUAAAGUCAAACUCCAUUGCCUCGAACUCCCAAUUAAGGAAUUCAAACAAAUCGAUUCACAUUGAGCCAUUUACUGCAAAUGGACUUCUGCUGCAGCACAAAUAUUUCUGUUUGAGGAGCCAUUUGUGCUGUGGAUCACUCCACACAGCUCUGAGAAAUGCACCAGUGAUCUAUUAUCGAGGCUCUGCAGCACAGUAGGGAAUUCUGUCGGAAAGAGAUGGCGAGGGAGCCUCUUAGUGAUGGUGGAGAAAAGCAGAAAGUCAAGGUCACAUUUCCCUUGCUCAGUCAGCACAUUACAUCCCCUUGAAUGUGCACUGUGUCCUUGUAGCAAAGGUAACAGAACUCCCACUCAUGUGACCAACCCAUGAGGCAAAAGAUGAUGCAUUCAUACUGUAUAAUGCUCAACAUAUGCUCACGUCAUUUAAGGUAGUGUAAGGCGACGGAUAAAAAGCCCUGUGUGUGCUGCCAUUGCUGCAGGGUUCGCUGUGAUCACUCCGUCUUCUGUUCCCCGCAAAAAAAAAGUUAUUUGGGAUUUGAGCACACGCAGUUCUCUCCCUCAUCUUGCUCCAUCUGCAGCCUGCAUACUAAUGUCUCCUGCCUUUCUCUUGGGCUCCAUGACCUCUGUCGAUGUAUGAAUGGGGAUUACAAUGGCAGUAUAAUACUGUUUACUAGUAAACAACCCCAAAUGUUAAAGGAGGAUUACACUGAUAAGACAGGAGAAGAGGAAGGUCAGAUUGGAGCUGCUUUAAUUUACUACACUCUUAUUUUACUCAGUCUUGUUUAUAACUAACAGGAAACACUCUAAUUUAUGCUUCUGUCUACAAAUAGAGCUUAAUCUGUCUAUAUUUUUCUGCAAGUCGAUUCUAAAUCUCCCCAGUGAGUUAAAGAGCAUACUUUGGCACUUAAAAUGAGACAGUGUUUCUCUUGCAGCUCGAGGUGAGGGCAUCGAGCAUUUAUCCUCAGCACUGACAGGCAAGAUUACUGAGAAUUAUGGCCACUUUUAUUAGCCAUGGGCUGGGGAGCGAGCCUGAGCAGAUGUGUGAUGGUCCUAUCAGUCUAAAGCCAGAUUCAGAAUAGACUCAGUUGCGGACACAGUCAGUGUGACUUUAUUUUUCCUGCCCAAUGCUCUCUUUCAUAAAACUGAACAUAUUCUUACAUGUAGGCAUAGAUGUAUAAGUCCACAAAGCUGUAAAUAUGAAUCAAGAUGUUGCAGCAGUUUCAUUCUGUGAGUGAAACAGUGAGAAACACAAGACCAGAUCCAUUUCUUCUUUUGAAACUAUAUGAGGGCGUUGUGUAACCGCACCAUAACAGUAUUAUCUCUCACAGCUAUAUUGCACAUUCAGAAGCUCAGUCUCAUAUUCUCUUUCCGGUUUUAUCCUUUGUAGUUUCUGAUCUGUCAGGGGUGAUGUCCUGACUGUUUGAUUAACUAAUAUACUUCACUGUGAUUUAUGAAUCUGUGGUUUUAUUGGUCUGUAAUAUUUCACCUUGAGCGAGACUAACCCUGUUAAUGCUUUCUUUUGAGCUUGAUAACCUUCUUUUAAGCCUGUGUAUCCCACAUGUAACAUGUCUGAGCAUGUUGAGUUCAAAUGUGGUUUUAUUUUUAAGUCUGAAUCAUAUUGAAAGUGGUGCUUUGAGGGAAGUCCUUCACUGACUCCUGACCUUGGUGUCCUCUCUAUCUUCACUGCAGAAGAAUGUGUUGAUCCGCUGAUCUCCGGGCUCUAUGCCUCCUCCUUUCUGGCCUCCUCCAGAUAUAACUUUCUCUACUCUGCCAAUUUUGCCAAAUUGUAUGGUAAGUUUCUACAUGUAAUGUGAAUUCUUCUCUAUUUUCUGUGUUUCAGCUUAUUUUGGUGGGGAAAGCAAAGUAGACCUAUCAAGACCCCUUUCAUUGGAAUGAAACUGUGCAAUCAGACUAAACUUCAUAGUUAGCCCAUGUGAUUUUAUUAUGACUAAGGACUUUUGCCACCAAAGCAACAAAAUCCAAUCCAAUCCAAUCCACUUUAUUUAUAUAGCACAUUUAAAAAAAACAACCAAGUUAAGCAAAGUGCUGCAUAGAAAUAAGAUUGAUUAACAGCUGCUAUAACACUGAAAGUGGAGGCUGCAAUACCAACUGAUCCCCACCAGGAGCAAUUACCAGUGUCUGACCCAUCACACAGUACAAAAUGUCCAGACAAGGAUUUUGGUUUGGUACAUCAGAUUUGAAGGGCAGCCCAUGCCACCCCUACUGUUUAAGAUAUAUACUACAGAAGCAAGGUAUUAAACCACCAAUGUUCCAGUUGAGAUAUUACCCACUAAGCCACAGCUGCCCCAGGAUAGGAGUGAGUGUCUCUUUAAACUAUUUGUUGAUCUUGGUCAAUAUGUAAAAUUUUUGUCUUUAAUCUCAACAAAAUACUUAAAAAAUGAAUUUGGGUGUCAUAAUCUUGCAAUAACAAGAACAAUAACAUGAAAAAAAUGUAGGAAAACUUGAUAACUUAUGGUCUGUUUUUUAAAAAUAUUAACAGUAUGUGUGCUGUAAGUAAUGUCCCAGAAGACAGUUGCUGUCCCUGCUCAAUCCAAAUAUGACCAGAGUUCAAAAGGUCUACUUAUUAAACUGUAAUAAAAGCCCGGACCCUGCUUUAACCAAACACAUAUCUCUCUCUCCCUCUCAGGCAGCAGUGGCUGGUCCCCAGGGCCCAGAGACAGACAGCCAUGGCUGCAGGUGGACCUUGGCAGGAAGUAUCGACUGCAGGCCAUCGCUACCCAGGGAACCUUCAACUCAUAUGACUGGGUCACCAAGUACACCCUGCUGUACGGAGACCGACCAGACUCCUGGACGCCGUACAUUAUGAGAGGAGGAAACUCUGUAGGUGUCACUGAGUCAGGGUGGUUUGGGUGGGACAAAGACAGGAUUAACUAGUCAAAUGUAAUCUUCACAGCUGAUUCUCCAUUCAGAGGGUGCUUCAUUAUGUUCAUUGUCACUGGCAGUGUUACAAAUCCAGCCCAGCACAUUGUCUCUCUCCACACUGACAGAGCUAAUCUCAUCAUCAGUUCAUCUCCAGUCCCUUAAUAAGGCGUUAACAGCAUAGCAGUGACUCAAUAACUCUCUCCUCCUGCCUGCUCUCAUCUGUUUGCAGACGCUGCCUGGAAACUGGAAUUAUUAUCAGAUUAAGAGGAAUGUCUUCCAUUACACCUUUACUGCUAAACACAUACGUCUGCUGCCUCUGGCCUGGAACACGGAGAACGGAGGAAAGAUCGGAGUGAGACUGGAACUCUAUGGCUGCUCUUAUGGUAAAAACCACCAGCCGGCAUUUGCUGCCUCUGAUUCACAUCCAGGACGCUCUGCAAUCCAAAUCCUUGAUCAUAUCUGAAAAUACGCCAGAAUAUCUAAGUGCCAGAUAUGCUACAAUAUGCUUAGAGUUAAUACAUAACUAGACCAAGGAGCAUCACUCACUAACUAAAUACUCACACAUCUGAGAACUUGAGGAAACUUGACACGUGGAGUGUACUCCGAUAAUCCUUAAAUCCGCAUUAAAUGCUACAUAAGACUCUGUCUCUGUGACCUUACAUGCACAUGACAUGAAAACUGACACACAUCUUCAUUUUUAAUCUGCUUGGGUUGGCUUGGAAAUGGUGAACCCAUCUUGAGGUCUUUGUUCGCAGACUCCCAUGUGCUGCAGUAUAACGGAGAUGACUCUGUGGUCUACAUGUAUCCUGAAAAGAGAUCCCGUACACUGCAAGACCAUAUCGCCAUCAACUUCAAGACUUUGGAGCAGGAUGGUCUGCUGCUACACAGCGAGGGGAUUCAAGGGGAUCUCUUCACCCUGGAGCUCAAAAGAGGCCGCCUUUACCUGCACAUCAGCCUAGGUACGGUUUCUAUCACUCAGUGUCUUCUCAGCAUGCUCUCUGUAUUUAAACCUGCUUUGAGUGUUUGUAUCUUCUUCCUCUCUUUUUGGACCCUCUAGGAAGCAGUGGAGUUCACAAGGUCGAUGGGCGGACUACACUGACUGCUGGCAGCCUCCUCGAUAACCUGCACUGGCACUAUGUCACCAUCAUUCGCUAUGGGCGGCAGGUGAAUUUCACUGUAGACAGCCACAUGGUGACAGCCAUCUGUAAUGGAGAGUUUACACACCUGGAUCUGGACACUCAGGUACCAUGAAUACAGUGUAACAUGGACUCUUUAUUCAGUUUCAACUAAAACCCAGUUUUUUGAAUACAUAUGUUACAUCUUAAGUUUAUUUACAACAGUGUCCUUAUUGUGCCUUUGACUUAGAUAUAUGUAGGGGGUGUCAUAGAGCAAAAUUUGCCUCACUUGCCAACAACACCAAAUUUCCGCGGCUGCCUGGAGAACGUCUUCUUCAACGGUAUCAACAUCAUCAAAAAGGCCAAAAGAGAAGAGGAAGACAUCCGCAUCCCCCGAAAGGUAGAAACACAACUUGAUCACCAGAAUUUUGUCUUUCAAGAAAAUGACAUAAACCAGAAAAACUACCACCUUCACUAUUUUCCUUUUUUUUCCUCCUCAGAAAAAGAUGCAUUAUGCCUGCAGGGACAUUUUACUCAAACCUAUGACUUUUGCCGGGCCUAACAACUACCUGCAGGUCCCAGGUUUCUUCAGGAGGCCUCGCAUGUUUGUCAAGUUUAAGUUCCGCUCUUGGGACUACACAGGGCUGCUAAUGUUCACAAGGUUUGCUGAUGAUCUGGGUGCUCUUGAGCUGGGAUUAAGCGAGGGACAGAUCAACGUCACAAUAUUCCAGCCUGGGAAGAAGAAACUCCAGUUUGCGGCAGGUAGGCUGAUGCUUUGUUGAGAUAUAACAGAUAAGAGAAAAAAAAAGAUUACAUGUAAAGAUUUCAGAUCAUAAAAGGUCAUUAUAAACUUGCUGUGUGACUAAUAUCUUUGUAGUCCUUGCCUUGUAAAUUACUGUUUCUAUGCUGUAUAAGCUGUCAUUCUGUGGGCACAUAAUAGCAGACUACAGUGAUGAAAGUAGCAAUUUCCAGGAUAAAACUUGACUUUUCAUUUCUGCUGGAGGAGGGAUUUGUUGAGUGGAAUAACAGCUACAGUUAUGUUAAUUUGUGGAGCUUAAAACUUGUAAGAUGGAUAAAAACGUAUACAGACCUUCAAUAUACAGCCUGCCUGAAUGCCGCCUCCCUACCUCCUUGUCUUUAUCAAACACUGUGGCUAAAAUUGCUAGCAGGAUAUGCUAGCAUUUGCAGCUUCUUUAGGAGCAGAACAAAAUACUGUGUAGUCAUUUUUGUUCUGCUGUUUUUGGUCUGGCAAUCGCUCAAAAGAGAGAGCUCAACCUCCAAAGUCUUACUUAAUUUAGCUUCAGAGUGCUUUUGCGCAGAGCCUGCAAUGCUUAGUCAUAGCUGCUAAGCCAAGAUCUGAAGGUCCUUGUUUGGUGGUUAGAUUUGCAUAGAUAUAUAUGCAUUGUGUGCAUGAUAGCUUUAAACUGUAUAUUAUUGCAGAAAGAUUACAUAACAGGAAUCCUUCCAAUCUGUAGGAUACAGGCUGAAUGACGGUUACUGGCAUACAGUCGAUUUGGCAGCAAGAGACAACCUGCUAACCCUCACAAUCGAUGAGGAGGAAGGCUCUCCGCUGAAGAUCACCAACCCUUUCACAAUUAGAACAGGAGACCGAUACUUUUUUGGAGGUGAGAUAAGCACUUAAAAUCUCCUGAGAUUAAUUUAUAGAUUACUUCUGUUCAAUUAAAGCAUUUUCUUUUCUGAAUUCAGGCUGUCCAAAAACUAAUAACACGAUACGGAAAUGUGAGACAAAGCUGAACCGCUUCCAUGGCUGUAUGCAGCACAUUUUUAUAGACAAUGAACAGCUGGAUAUUGACAUUAUCCUGCAAAGACAAUGGGGGCGCUAUGCUGAGCUGUUGUUGGGCACCUGUGGCAUCACUGACAGGUAAGAAGUGACACCUAAUGUGGAGUAUGUGUAUGUGGUUAGUUUAUUUGAAGUCAAGUUGAUAGAUGUAUCAGAUGUUCCUAUGCUUCCUCAUUAAGUUUUACUGCAUAAGCCCUUAUCUUAGAGCUUCAAACAAGAAUCAAAUAACACUGAUAAAAAAGAGAAUCUGAAAAUAACAGAAAUCUCACUUUGAAAUGUCAUGUUUUGCCUACAGAUGUUCUCCUAAUCCGUGCGAACAUGAAGGCAGAUGCAUCCAGUCCUGGGACGACUUCAUCUGUCUGUGUGAGAACACAGGCUACAAAGGAGAAGUGUGUCACAUGUGUAAGUGCUGUCUGGCAAUCAUAUUCCUCUAAUAAGUGUUUCUUUACAGAUAAUUACACCUUGCCUGAGCUGUAUUUUCUCAUAAUCACAAAGCAUUGAUUUCUUGAUCAGCUGUUUAUAAAGAAUCAUGCGAGGCCUACAGACUCAGCGGCAAGUAUUGGUCCGGAAACUACACCAUCGAUCCUGAUCUCAGCGGGCCGCUGAAACCAUUUGAGGUGUACUGCAAAAUGAAGUGUGAGUAAUCACUGACACUGAGUAAGUACAAUUUCAUCAGCAGUGUGUGUGCUCUGUGUUUGCAUGAUCCUUCGUGGGAUAUUUUUGACAAGUGAAAGGCAUCUUAUCAUGUUCCUUUAAUGAGAAAUAAAAAGCUUCAUUGAACAAGAUAAGGCCAAGCUGUUCCUGCGCUUCUGCAUUGAAAAUCUUUCCUACCAUUAAUCUGUCCUUUCUGCCUUUCUGCUGAAAAUCAUGUAAGACAUCAUUUCACUUGUCAAUACUGUCAUUAUAGCUUUUUGUGUCUUCAUUAUUUAAAACUUGGAGUAAUAUGGCCUAUCUAUCAUGCCUCUCUGCAGCAUAUAAAGCUUGGACGGUGAUUCUUAAUGAUCGAGUGGAUGGUACCAAAGUGAGUGGAACCACUAUAGAUCGGCCGUAUAUUGGAGAUGUCAACUACUGGAAUGCUUCCUGGGAUGAAGUCACUGCCCUGGCCAACACCUCCAUGUACUGUGAGCAGUGGAUUGACUACACCUGCUACAAAUCCCGUAUCCUCAACACUCCAAGUAAGUGAAAUUAGUUGGUUCAUUCAUUUGGUUGUGAAAGAUAGAGAGAUAGGCAACUCAAUUUAAGAUAUCAAACCUUGAAAGUAUGAAGAUGUUUCUUUUAUAGAUAGAAAUACAUUUUUGGAGGAUAAUCUGAAGAUUUAUAGCACACAUGAAAUAUUGCAAGAUGGAUAUAAAGUAGUGAAACUCAUACUAUCAAAUCUCUACCUGCAACUUCUUUUGUGAAAUAGAUGGACGACCAUUUUCGUACUGGAUUGGUCGUAACAAUGAGAGUCACUACUACUGGGGAGGAACUUUCAGAGAGGUCAAGAUGUGCGGCUGUGCCAUCAACCAGACAUGCGUUGAUCCCAAAUUUCAAUGCAACUGUGAUGCUGACUACAGACAAUGGUAAGAGACAGAGUCCCUGAUCAGGGUUAGUUUGUAUCUGAGAAACUGAAAAUGUGGUCUGAACACCUCCUGUGUGGUUUUCAGGUUCUCUGAUAAAGGCUACUUGGACUUCAGAGACCAUCUGCCUGUGAGGAGAGUAGUGGUCGGGGACACAAACAGGACUGGUUCAGAGGCACAGUUCACCGUCGGGCCCCUUCGUUGCCACGGCGACAGUGAGCUAACCUGUAGUUUGUGCUUAUUAUUGAUGUGGUCUUUCAUUGAAGGGUUCAUUUUUAACACAUCUUGUUCAUAUCUCAAUGUUUCUACAGGAAAUAUCUGGAACACAAUAGCUUUCACCAAACCUACCUACAUCACCUUCCCCACCUUCAGACCUGGCUCCAGCGCUGACAUCUCCUUCCAUUUUAAAACCUAUCGUAGCCACGGCGUCUUCCUAGAGAACUCUGAUGACCAGCUUCGAAACUUCAUACGAAUAGAGCUGAAUAGUGAGUGAACCGAACUAGAAAAAAUAAGAUCUCGCUUCUAGAAAAACUCAUCCAAGAUUAACCGCUCUUCUUUUACAAUCUGUCUUCUUUCAUUUUUCAGCGACUCACAACCUUUUAUUUGUAUUUAUGGUUGGUGAUGGCAUCAUCAAUGUGACAUUACGCUCACCUGUGCCUCUAAAUGACAACGAGUGGCACUUUGUUCAGGCGGAAAUUAACGUAAAACUGGCUCGGAUCAAAGUGGACUAUCAGCCUUGGGCUGUUACACGCUUCCCUGGUCAGACCUUCGUCACCAUGCAGUUCACUCAUCCGGUUGUAGUAGGUACGUGUGAAAUUUAAGUUUCUGAUGAUCGAUAACACACCUGAGGCAUCUUCUCUGAACUCUGAAUGAUGAUUGAUAACCGCUGACACAAAUGUUUCGAUUCUUAGGUGCUGCCAACCGCACACUGAGACCCUUCCUGGGGUGUCUGAGAGGAUUACGAAUGAAUGGUGUCCCCCUGGAUUUAGAGAGCAAAGUGAAUGAGGAGCAGGGUAUACGAAGGAACUGUACAGGACAGUGUCUAAAUGCUACCAUACCUUGUAGAAACAGCGGCCAGUGUAUUGAGGGUUAUGCUGCCUACACCUGUGACUGUAACAACACAGCGUUUGAUGGUUUCUACUGCCACAAAGGUGAGUUUAAACUUGCUCCUUCAUAUAGAAACUGACGUCAGUGAUACUUCAGAGCAGAUCUAGAUAUCUGAAGUAACAAACUUUUUUUUUUUUUUGAAGAUAUUGGGGCCUACUUUGAAAUCGGUUCGUGGCUGAGAUACAACAUACGAAAGAAGCCGAUAACUGAUGAAGCAGCAUGGGCCAACUGGAUAGACCCCCACUACGACAACUUCAGCCUGGGCUACAACGACACAGCAGAUGACAUAGAGUUCAGUUUCAGCACCGUUCACACACCAGCUGUUUUGCUCUACAUCAGCUCCUUUGUCCAGGACUACAUUGCUAUUAUCCUCAAAAAUGACGGUGGGUAGGAGAAGCUGGGAACAGUUUUUUUAAAGAAACCAGAUUUCUUUCAAUAGAGCAAACUUUAUAUAGCUGAAGAUUCACAAAAUAGAGAUAUUCCCAGUCCAUGCCUCGAGGUUCAUUUGUCUCCUCUCUCUUUACAGGUAGUGUAGAUCUGAGGUAUAAACUGGGGUUGAUAACACACAAAUACCAGCUGACUCACCGUAACCUGGCGGACGGAUACCCUCACUAUGUCAACAUAACCAGACACAACAGGACCAUCAAAACACAGGUCCAUGCCCUCUCUGCUGUCACUGUGCAAACAUUAGGCUUUAUACACUGGAGGAUUAGGUUAAAUAAACUAUAAUGUCUGGAAAAUCUCACACCGUUGUGCAACCUUGCAGGUGUAUUCAACUCAGAAACUACUCCAGAGAAAGAGAACCCUUUUUCUUUUUUUUAAGAGCAUCCUUGGAACCAAUAUUAAACGUAUUCACUCACUUUGCCCUGCUCUGCUUGCAGGUGGAUUACAUGGAGCCCAUAGUUGAAAAGAUAACUCUAGUGGAAGAUGCCAGGUUUGAUUCUCCAAAGUCUAUGUUCCUUGGCAGAGUGAUGGGUAAAUAUUCAGUUUUUCAAUUAUUAAAGACAACAUUAAUUUCAAUGAGUUUGUGUUAUUGUCACCAAAAAGGACGGUAAUUCAUUUAUGUGAAUAUUAAUCCUGUUGCCUUCUUCUACUCAGAGGUUGGAGACAUCGACUAUGAGAUCCAGAGACAUAACGCUCCCGGCUUCAUUGGCUGCAUAUCAGGGGUGAGGUACAACGUCUACGCCCCUCUAAAGGCCUUCUUCCGACCAAAUGAAACAGACCCGCCAGUGAUGACACAAGGCUAUGUCUCUGAAUCCAACUGCGGCGCCUUCCCUCCUAUUCUGGGUUACGUACCGUGGGAGGUAGACCCCUGGUUUACCGGCAUAGGUGAGUUUGUUUGUCCUUUAAUGCAUUAGUAUGAAAGAGGCUUUGUUUGUGUUCCUUUACUUAUUUGUGUAUCUCUCUCCCUCAGAGUAUUUUUAUAUCCACGACGACUUAGGACUGUUUUGGAUAACAGGUAAGACUCCUCUCUUUUAUUUAUAACAACUCUCUUCUUUGACAUUUUCUGAGAAUGUUAUUUUAAUGCGCAAAACUGCAUCUUUUUUUCUGAAUAAGUGGGUGGAAAAAAUAAGACCAUAAAUGUGACAUUAAUCCUUUUAUUCCGUUUAUUUUGAAGCCCGGCUCCUCUCUGCGUCUUCCCCACUCACUGUUUCCCUCCUGUCCUAGAUAACACAAAUCAGCCCUUUGAAAUUCUCUUAACUUUUCUCCUAAAAUCCUUUAAUCCUAAAUUAGAGCAGGGUUGUGAGGUUCCAAUGUGGGAUUUUGAGUGUUAUUCAAGCCUCCAACUGGGAGCCCGAAUUUAUCCAAAGAGACAAAACCACACACACGCACGCAUGCAUGCAUGCACACACUCACACACACAUACCUCGCCCAUAUGAAUAUAUAGAAAAACAAACCAGACAUUCCUAAUGCAUUAUUAUCACACUGAGGAUUAGACUUAAUCCCAUUCAUCUCAAAUCUGGUUAUUAUUUAAAUCUACUAAAUCUACAUUCAUGAGUGGAUUGAAUAGAAGGAGAAUAGACCUAUUUGUCUUGGUGAGACACAUUUAAACUGAUAAUUCUCAAUGUCUGAGCUGUUCUUGCACUGACUCACUUGAAUACAGUACUUACCUUUAAUUAAUCACUUAAUAAUGUACAUAAAUGUGCAUUUAUUUCAAUUAUAAUCAUUACCAUAUAGAAAAGAAAGAGGCUUAGUCAAACAAAAACAACACAAUGAGCAAGAGAGGUGGUAUAUAAGUAGAAGUAAAACACUGAAUAGUAAAAUUUAAGAAGUCUGCUCAUGCUAUUAAAACGUUUUUUUGAAUAGUUGUGAAGUUAUUUUUGUACAAACUGUGUUUAUUCAUUGUGCUGUAAUUCAGAACUUUGAUGUAAAACAAACAGAGGAAUCAUACCACAAAUAAUUCAAAUGAGAAAUUAAACAGAGAUUAGUAAAUAAAAGCAGAAGCACAAAACUAUGCACAAGUAGAGCAGAUGUGUUUGGGUCUAAAUAUCUUCAAUAGCCAUACAUAUUUCACCCUACCUGUUAAAUAUUGAUGAUAACUCAACAAAAGUGCAAGUGCCAAGUUAGCGCCAAGUCCAGAUGAAAAAAGAAGCCAGUGCUAUAAUAAAUCAGAGCAAUCCACUCUGAUGAGCAGGAGAUGCUUCAGUGUCAUGUUUUUGCUCCAGCAGAGACCGUCUGCUCAGCCAUAUUCAGUCUUUAUCAGCUCAGCCAUAUUGAGUCUGCACGAGCCCACUUUACUCUUCAUCACUGACAGAUGCGUCUGAGUAUCGUCUGUGCUCAUGCAUGCAGAACAGUGCAAAGACUGGUCCACCAAGCAGGAAUCCUAUCAAAAGUCCUGCCUCCUGGUUAUCUGCCUCAAGCUUGUUUAAAGUGAGGCUUCAGUAUAUCUUACAAGCAGCUUUCACAAGGUUGGUCUUUUAUUAAGUGCAUAAGCCUGAGGGGCCCAGACUUUUCCCAACAUGCAUCAGCAGUUUGGCUGAGAAACUCUGUGGACACUUUCCAGACAGUUACACAGGGAAAACACUGAGUGACAAACCAACACACACCUUCAGGCAGUUUAAUAUCUCCACUUCACCUGAACUGCAUUUCUCAGCUGUGACAGGAAACCAAAGCAAAAUCAGGGGUACUUUAAAACUGGACUGGAAAAUCUUGAAGUACUGAACAAUAAAUAUGGCUUUAAGUGCAUUCAAGAAGCUCUCUCAUUUAGGAUGCAUUUUUCCAUGAGGUAACAGUUUCUAACACAAGCCCCAGUCCAAGUUUGAUGCUGAAAACUCAUGAAUGACUUAAUCAUGAGGCUGGAAUUCAACAGUUUUCAGUUUGGGGACUUUCAGCUAGAAACCCUUAAACUAAGAUCCUCCUCACUGUGUCUGAAAAAUGGAUGCAACCAUUAAAGUACCAUAAACAAGCCGGUAAGACGCACUGAUAUCAUUUGUCUAAAUUUACACAAAAUAAAUCCCCCUAAGCCAUUCUGACAUCGGGUUCGGAAUAUUGUCCACAAUCAAAUUAUACCUCAAAUGGCCACUGGUGAAAUUGCAGUUUUCUGGCCCUGCUGUACUGUCUUCAUCCACCAGCUCUUGAGGUUGCAGCUCGGCCUGGUUUUUGUAUCAGAUAGUGUUCUUAAUUUACAAAUCUUUAGGAUCUCUCAUGUCACAAAAAAGGAUCUGUAUCAUGUCUAGAGAGCCUGCUGCUCCCCUUUAAGUCUGUUAUUGAAAACCAAAUCUGAUAUUCUGAGCACUCUGGAUGUUUUGAUUCGGUUCAGCAUGCCUGUUAAAUCAUUGUCUGUCUUUCCUGGUAAGGUCUUUGCUCAUGUGAUGGAAACAUGUUCCUUUUUUAUUGUAUUCAACACUUUAAUGCUUCUGCCAUUUAUUACAUCAUCGAGAUAUUGUCCUCUUUUCUGCUGCUCUAAAAAAGUAAAAUUUAAAGAAAAAGAAGAAAAAUGAAAUUAACUUUGCAAUGUGGGCACUGUUGUCAAAAAAGGAUGUACAUUAAAAAACAAAAACAAAACAUACUUGCCAUGUUGUGGCAGUGGUAACUUCCUUUCUUAAACUUUAUAUCCUGUGUUAACCACAGCAUGCAGAUGAUGCAGAUAUAACAUUGCUGAUAUACAAACUGCAGUGGUGUGUGUUUGAGGCAACAAUGGACGUUACCUCAAACACAAAUGGGAUGGAGGGAUUUGAAUAUCUCCCCAAUUCCACCCACGCCAUCAGCCUGACUGAUAAAAGUUAAUAACAAAGCCCGAAAAUUCAGUCUUGAAGUGUCUGUGCCUCAUCAGUAUUCCAGAAACGCCUCUCCCCUCAUUGUGUUACAGAUUAACUCUGACUGUGCUAUUUUUAUCCCACAGUCAUUGUCAUCUUGGCCUUGCUGCUGCUCUUUGGAGGCCUGUACAGCAUCUACGUGUACGCGUAUCAGCAGAAGGGCAGCUACCGCACCAAUGAACCCAAAAACCUGGAGUCCCCGAGCAGCGCCCGGCCGCUCACCGAGACUCUAAGGAGAGAAAAAAAGAACCUUCCAGAAGUCGACGAGGAGUUCAGGAGCGACUAGCGUCACAGGACCUUUGGGGAAGAGGGUGGGGUUUGAUUAAGGGUGUGGGAGAGGGAAAUAGCACUUACAACAACCACAGAUACCUGUUUUAUGUUUUCUAAUUCUUUUGUUCUUUUUUAUAUGUUGCUUUUUGUUCCUUUCUCCAGUCGAGUGGGAUCUGAUGCCUGGUGCUCUACAUAGUUUGUAUUUUGGUAAGGGUUACAAGUUCACAUCAAGCCCCAUGUUGCGUGAGAAGCCAACGAGUCUCACACUGUAUUGCAGGGUGAAAUACUGAAGUGCCUCAUCUAAGCAAGCUUGAUCUGAAUGAACCAUUAGCUUACUCAGAUAGGGUUUAGAUUUGACACUGUGGGAACAGGAUUUCUAAGAGACAUUUAAUUACAAAACCAUCCGUUUAAAUCAUUCAGGCAGAUUUAUUUUUUCCUGAGCCAGUUUUCAGAUUGAUUAAAGCUAUUAAUAUCUAACUGUAUAGAUUACAUAACAUCUUAGAUAUACCUUUUAAUGACAAUCUCUCAUCGAGCCAUUUUUGACAACAAAGCUCAUGAUACUUGAGCACAUCUUAAAAGUGAAGCAGUGUAACCAAAUCACAGAUCACUGAAAUUAAAUCAGUGUUAACAAACAAACAAACAAAAAAACAUCCAACCGAAGAGAGAGAACAAAAAGACGAGCAUGGAGCUUUGAGAUGUUAAGCUUUGAGAUGACACAUAUAAAGAUUGUUUAAGGUAUAUACGCUUUUCUUUGUUGUAUUGCAGCCUAUAUCAGUGCAUUACCUAUACAGAAUGGCACACAUAAGUGGUUUUAGACUUGCCUAAGUGUCAGUAGAUAGCAGCUUUGCUGAUCACAAUAUGCUCAGAAACACAUUCUCAACUAUGGGGCUUUAAUAAAGAGGGUGUGAUGAUGUGAGAGCUAACAGACUGUUGGUGUACUGAAGAGUCAGGGGGAUGAAGCUCGCCAGGGACAGGGUGACAUACAUUUCAGACUUCUCAUUCCUUCUGUCUUACUUCUGGUUGCUUUUAUUAUGGCCAAGAUGCCAAAAAAACUCAGUGCUAUGGAGUGUUUGACUUGGCAAACAACUGUAAGGACUGUCCCGCUAAAGAUCAGUAUUUAAACAUUCCUUUCAUACACAAUGGUAAGCAUCUUUCAGGAGAAAGAGAAGCACCACAACAAGCACACCUGCACACACUCAACAACAACAACAACAACAUAUGUACAGAGGACCACAAGAAUGCUAACCUUUAACUUCCAACUCAUAUUGCCAGAAUACUUUUGCAUCACGCUGUAGGACUGUAGCUGACCACACUAUUGUUGUUGCUGCUGCCGCUUGUUUAGCUUGUGAAAAGUUGAAAACUCUACCUUUAGUCUGAUGAAAUUUCUGCCCCCUGCAAGAUGAAAUUUCAUUCGAUGUGUUGCAACCAAAGCUUUGGACUUCCAUCACUCACUGCAGCUCUACUUGAUACGAAAUAGCACUAUGUGUAUGUUUAAAAAAAAAUGUCUGUAACAUUUUAGCUAUGCAUUUGUAGAGCAUGAGCGCACUGCAAUAAUAUGAGCUUCUUCCAGCCACCAACGGUGUUAAUAUCUGAGUUUACUUUGCUGAUGCUCAAUAGUAAAUAGAGUGUAAUAUGUGUACAUGUGAAUAUAUGUAUACUGUGUUAAGCGACCUUUUUAUUGCUACAGAAAAAGUUCAAAGAGGUACAUGAAUGUAAAUUCUCUGACUCUGUAAUGUAUAAGCAGAUACUACAUGUUUUCACUGUAGGCUGCUUAGCACUGAAAGUCAAUUAUCUCAUGGUAGCUCUUUGGUAUGCUCAGGAUAAAGAAAGUGAAGUGCUUGUUCUAACCUCACUAGUUUUGCACGGUUUGUUCUGUUACAGAUGGGCCGAACUGUGCAGAGCUGUAAAGUCCGAGAAUGUAUAGUCGAUGUAAAAACUGCAUUAAAUUGCAGCCAUGUAUGAAAAUGUACAGAUUCGGCCAAGACGGGCAUUUUCAGGUUAUAUUUUUAAGAAUGCUGUAGUGAGAUGAGUGGAAAUGAAAAGUGAGCAAACAGAGUGAAGCUGUUGGUUUGUGUUUGACAGAAAGAAGCGUUUGUGUUUUUCGUUAAAUAGACAAUCACCGUGCAAAGUUCAUAUAAGGCACAAGCCUACAAACUUGAGUCAAAUAUGCUUUGUAGCCUAUUAGGAAAGUGUCGACUCACAUAUAUGUUAUAUAAUGUAUUCACACCAUUGUAUACAUUGGUAAACACUUUAAACACUCAGCCUAGCAGUGUCACUUCAUAGCCACUCACUAGUUAAUCAUGCGUGGUCCCUGGAGCGUGUGUAAGUGUGACUGGUGAUUGUGUAUUCAUAGUUUGCCCACAAGUAACAACCUGCCGAGUUUGAAAAAUGACUCAUUAGAUAAACAAAAAACAAACACGCACUGAUGCCAACUUUCCAACUUGCUUUUUUAGAGCACAGUAGUACAGUGACAAAAGAACAAGGCUUAAGCCUAAAUGUCCUGAAAGUUACAAGCAUGUUAAAUCUGUGCAGAUCCUCCACUCCCCGCUGCUACCAAGGGUUUGAGAUGAAGUGGCCACAAGGGGGAGUAGGUGAGAGGGAUGCUGUUGGCUUGGACAGGGUAUCUACUGAGUGUCAUUUUGUAAAGCGCUUUCAAAAAUUAGAAUAAAGAACAAAAAGAGAAGUUAAAUCUAUUACUCUAAAACAUUGUGGUACUUUACAUGAAUCUGUGGAUACCCUGUCAACCCUGACAUCAGAUUAAAGCACCAGAUUAAGGUAACUUCUCUGCACCAACAAACUGAAUCUUUCUGCUACAGGUACCAGAAUAAUCAUUACAACUUGCGAUCACACAUGAAUUUCCAAUGUUUUCGUUCCUAAGUAUGCUCAAUUUUGAUUUGUCCAGUGUUCACUGUAAAUGACCAUUACUGUGUAAAUGAAGGCAAAGCCAAAUUGUCACCUCAAUAAAAGAAGCUUGAAGGAACUUGUCAGUAGUUCUUAUAAG